AUGCUUCAUGCCCUUAUCGAAAGGAUAUUUCGAAGUUUACGGUGUUCGAAGACAAUGACACGAAGUGUUUCAACGGAUGCUAGUGACGGAAUGAGUUUAACGGAUGAUGCUUCGAGCGGUACAUCUGGUCCGUCGGAUAGUGGCAGCAGUAUAUUGUCGUGGAACGAAACGUGCGAACGGAUCAAGAAACGACAAAUCGAUGAACUGCUUGAUUCGUUACCGUUCUUCUUCGGCAGUUUGCUUGACGAUAGUGAUCUGCAAACACAAUUGCUGGCUGAACCGGGUGAUGCGUUUUUGGUAUCGUGUCCACUGAUGAAAGAGGAUGCCGGCUGUCGAAGUACAGCAUAUCGCAAAUGGCACCUCGUUAUUCUUGGACGAAACGAAAUCAUUUUCAAACUUAAGGCAGUUUCUAAUCAAUAUGCAUUUAGAAUGGCGAGUGAUAAGAACACACUGUUGAUGGCUUUCAUCGACGAACACAAACUAAAAAUGAUCAACAGACCAUGGCAUAUCACCGCUGAUCAGAUAACACCAAAGAUGCGAAUAGUCCCUCAGCAAGCGUUUCCCAUCAAUGAAGGCACAUUCGCGUUGGGUACAAUCGAACAAAAAACGCUGAAUUUCGAUUCGUUACGUCGCAUUCCCGUCAUUCAAUUAUCCGUCAAAAACUGCACUCCAAAUGAAAUUUCAUUAUUGUUGUGCGAAGCAGAUAAUCGUAAAAGAUUUGGAUCUGUUCGUAUAUGGCGUUUAUGGGGCAUUUGUGAAUCAAUGAAUUGCGAUGCGGUUUCGCUAAUAUUGGAAGAUAUUGUUUAUGGCUGUGUUGCUGAAUACGUUCGUAUUGGGAGAAGGCAGUACUCACAAGUUAUCAUUCAACUUUAUCGUUGCAAUUUUGAUAUGUUCAGGUUGCGUUACUUGGAGAAAUAUUCGUUUAUUCAUCGUCGAUUAUCGCUCGAUGUCUGUAUGCUCACCUACGAUUACAACAUUAAAAUCGCUAUUUACGGGCUUAGCGCUGGUGAAUUAUUCGCAACGAGUGAUGAUUUGGACGAUAUCGACAGAUGCAGAUGGAUUCCACCGGAGUGUCUGCAGCAUCCGGAUGGCGCAGAACGUGCCUACGAUGCAUCAGCAAUGGUCUAUACGUUCGGUACGAUCUUAUGGUCGAUGUUUCACGGCGCUAGCUUGCCUUACGAAGAUGAACUCGCCAGCAACAUCACCGAUCGCAAUUUUCGUCGAUCACAGCCGUUGUUCAUUGAUGCCGAAUUAGUACCACAUCCUAUCAAAGAAGUGAUUCAGCGAUGUUGGAAUGAUGAUCUAACGGUUCGCGGUCUAUUUCGAGAUGUUGAACGACAACUGAGAAAGAUUCGUGAUAGUGCUGAAGCGGAUUGA